UUAGAUAAGUUUGCAUGAUUCGCGGUUGUAUGGCAAUGAAGGAGGAGGUGGGGCGUGACAAGCACCAAGAGUUACACAAACAGGUUGAAGUUGAAUGAGUCCCGAGUUGUACGCCUAGCGCGUUGGUUGAAAAAAAUGUCGUGCUGCUCAGAAAAAGAAAUUAAGUAUGAUGAGCUCUGUAACCUGGUGAAAGCCAAUAAGAUGACUUUAAUCGACGUACGGACAUUUCAGGAACUAAAAGACGUAGGCCUAAUACCUGGCUCCCUUAAUAUACCACUUGCUGAAGUAGAAGAUGCCUUUCGUUUGCUACCCAACGAGUUUGAGAAAAAAUAUGGGUCUUCUCAACCUUCUAAAAAUGACGAGAAUAUUAUAAUAACUUGUAGGUCAGGUCGAAGGGCUAAAGACGCCAUACAGAUACUGGAAAAACUGGGCUACAACAAGAUUCGUUGCUACUGUGGUAGUUUUCUCGACUGGGUAGAGAAAGGUGGAAAGGUUGUUUUUCCAUAAAUGUCUACGUUUUAAAAGGAACUUGUGUUACAUUAUUUCUCUUUAUCAUGAAGCUAUUAAUAAAAGAUACUACGAAAUAUA